AUGGACACAAUGACAGAUACCGGCUACGCCGACCCCAUCAACACAUCAUCCAGCACAGCACAACCUGCUCCCCAACUAGCACUGCUGGACUUCUUCUUCCCGGGCUUCAGCGUCUUCACGACAGCUUUCCAAAAGUACCUCGGCAUCGACCUCAAUGUCUACAUCCCCCUAGUGAUCCUCUGCGGCGGCGCCACCUUUGCCUGGCGGUACUUUAGCGAGUACCUCUGGGAAAAGGUCGAGAAGCACCUCAUGUCGACAGUCGAAGUCCGCACCGACGACGAAAUCUACAACAUCCUCAUGUCCUGGGUCGCCGCCCAAAAGUUCGCCAAGAACUCGCGGCGCUUCGUCGUUAACACCAACCUGAGCUCGCGGUCCUGGUUCCUCUGGCGCUGGGACGACGAAGAGGAAGAGUCGGACGAGUCCUCUGACAGCGGCCUUGUCGAGAUCUCGGGCCAGAAGAAGAAGCCUCUCGCCUACACGCCCAGCUUCGGCAGCCACUCCUUCUGGUACCGCGGCCACCUCCUCCUCUUCAAGCGCAGCCAGAACCGCGAGCAGGCCUCCUACCUCGUCGUCAGCGAGCGCGAGGAGAUUAGCCUCUCGUGCUUCGGCCGCAACCCCUGGGUCCUCAAGGAGCUCCUCCAGGAGGCCCGCGCCGAGUACCUCAAAAAGGACUCGCAAAAGACUAUGAUAUACCGCGGCAGUACCCGCGCCGGCACCACGGAGCCUACGUGGCAGCGGUGCAUGGCCCGCACCUCCCGGCCCUUCUCGACCGUCAUCCUCAACGAGAAGACGAAGAAGGAGCUUGUUGACGACGUCGCCGACUACCUCUCCCCCGUGACCCGGAAAUGGUACUCCAACCGCGGCAUCCCCUGGCGCCGGGGAUACCUCCUGACAGGACCUCCCGGCACCGGCAAGUCCUCGCUCUCGCUCGCCCUGGCCGGCUUCUUCAAGAUGCGCAUCUACAUCGUGAGCCUGAGCUCCAUCUCAGCCAACGAAGAAAACCUAGCCACCCUCUUCGCCGAGCUGCCCCGGCGGUGCGUCGUCCUCCUCGAAGACAUUGACACAGCCGGCCUGACGCACACCCGCGAGAACAGCGGGACCGGCGAUGCCACCGCGGACGCCAAGGACGGAAGCGGCGACAUGGUCCCCGGUCAGCUGACCGCAGGCAACGGCGCCACAAACACCAGCGGCCGGCUCUCACUGUCCGGCCUCCUCAACAUCCUCGACGGCGUCGCCAGCCAGGAGGGCCGCGUCCUGAUCAUGACCACCAACCACGUCGAGAAGCUCGACAAGGCCCUCAUCCGACCCGGCCGCGUCGACCAGAUUGUCAAAUUCACCCUGGCCGACGGCGAAAUCAUCGGCGCCAUCUUCCGCGCCAUCUACGCGCCCCUCGAGGGCGACGAAGAUAUCAUCGCGCAGCCCCCUGUGCAACAACUGAGGAGCGACACCAUCACCACCACCACCGACGACAACGAAGACGAAAAGAAGAAACUCGCAGCCCAAGCAGCCGCCCGCACCGCAGAAAUCGUCGCCGCCGUCGAAGCCCUCUCCGAGACGUUCGUCUCCCGCAUCCCCGCGCAUGAGUUCAGUCCUGCCGAGAUCCAGGGGUACCUCAUGAAGCACAAGCGCAGCGCCUCGGCAGCGGUGGCCGGCGCCGCCGAGUGGGUGACGGAGACGCGCAAGGAGAAGAAGGACAAGGAGCUCAAGGCCGCCGAGGAGAAGCGCGCGGCCGAAGCCAAGGAGAAGGAGGACGCAGAAAAGAAGCGCAAGGAGGAGGCUGAGGAAAAGAAGAAGGAGACCAAGGAGAAGCGCAAGGAGGAGAGGGAGAAGAAGCGCAAGGCGGAGAAGAAGAGUAAGCGGAGUAAGAACAAGGAGGCUGCGGCUUCUUCGGAUUCAUCGUCCUCUUCCGACUCGGAUUCUGGAUCCGGCUCGGAGUCGGAGGCUCCUAUCAAGGUGACGACGGCAACGGCGACGGCGACGGGUGAAGCCAAAGUUUCGGAGAAGAAGACGGCGGAGGAACCGAUGGUGAUCUCGGGGGCCAAGGCCGAGCACGGGGCCGAGGACGUCACGCAAAAGCGAGACUCGGGUUACGGUACCCCAGUGGAGGUUUGA